UUUUUUCUUUCCCCCUUUUGGACAAGACGCUGAAGAACCACAACUUGGAGGCACAGAAUCCUGAAAGCUUCGAUGGGGGUGGGGCGAAGCAAAUCUCGCGAGACUCAGUUCUGACGCGCGCGCAAACGACCGUUAUUUAGCCAUUAACGGUAGAGGCACGUGGCUCUUCCUCGUGCCUCGCGCGCGGUGGAGCGUUUCCCCGCUUUUCAGAGUUCGGAGGUCGAAGCUCUCGGUUCUUUCCGCUGCCCUCAGAGACAGCAGUUUACGUGGGCGCCAAGCCCAGCCUCCCCGCCCGCGAGCUCCUCACGGAGAAGGGGAGAGAAUGGAAAAGCAGAAGCCGUUCAAACUCUUCCUGCCGCCGAGGUUACGCAGCAGUCAGGUGUCUGCGGUGAAGCCUCAGAGUUCCGGAGCCGAUUCGAACUUCAAGAAUUUCAGCAGAUGUACUGAAGAUAAUUUUAGUUUUCCAUUUGCAACAACUAAUCGCUCCACGAAUGGGGAAAACGUUGAUUCAGAUCCUGGUUUACAAAAUGUUAAUGCUUUGCCUAUGCUUGAGCAGGUUGGUAAUUCUGGCAGUUGCCACUAUCAGGAAGGACAAGAUGACUCUGAUUUUGAGGAUUCAAAGCCAAUGGAGACAAUGUACUCAAAACUGUAUAAGGAAGCUGAAAAAAUUAAAAACUGGAAAGUAAAUAUAGAAUCUGAACUGAAGAAGAAAGAAAAUAAGUUGGAACAAAAGAAAAGGACAAUUAAAUCACAGCGACAAGCCAUUCAGGAACUGCAGUUUGAAAAUGAAAGAGUAAGUUUGAAAUUAGAUGAAGAAAUUCAAGGAAGAAAAGAUUUAAUAAAAGAGAAUAAUACUACAAGACAUUUAUGUAAUGUACUCAAGGAAACCUGUAAUAGAGCUGCAGAAAAGACAAAGAAAUAUGAAUAUGAACGGGAAGAAACCAGACAAGUUCACAUGGAUUUAAAUAAUAGCAUUGAGAAAAUGAUAAUAGCUUUUGAGGAACUCCGGUUGCAAGCUGAAAAUUCCAGACUGGAAAUACAUUUUAAGUUAAAGGAAGAUAAUGAAAAAAUCCAGCACCUUGAAGAAGAAUAUAAGAAGGAAGUAAAUGACAAGGAAAAUCAGGUAUCAUUACUGCUAAUCCAAAGCACGGAGAAAGAAAAUAAAAUGAAAGAGUUAACAUUUCUGCUUGAGGAAUCCAGAGAUAAAAUUAAUCACUUAGAGGAAAAGACAAAAUUACAAGAUGAACACUUAAAAGAAUCAAAUGAGAAGAAGAAUCUUUUGGCCACUGAACUAGAAGAUAUUAAAAUAUCCUUGCAAAAAAGUGUGAGUACUCAAAAGGCUUUAGAAGAAGAUUUACAGAGAGCAAAAACAGCAGUAUGUCAGCUUACUGAAGAAAAAAAAGCUCAAGUGGAAGAAUUUGAUAAAGCUAAAGUUGCUCAUUCAAUUAUGGUUACUGAACUUAAAACUACUAUCUGCAACUUGGAGGAAUUAUUAAGAACAGAACAACAAAGAUUGGAGGAAGAUGAAGAUCAACUGAAAAUACUUAGCAUGGAGCUUCAGAAGAAAUCAAGUGAGCUGGAAGAGAUGACUGAGUUUAAAAAUCACACAGAAGUAGAAGUUGAAGAAUUGAAAAAAGUCUUAGCAGAAAACCAAAAGCUUUUAGAUGAGAAGAAAGAACUUGAGAAGACUACUGAAGAAUUAAAAGGAAAAGAACAAGAACUAACUGGUCUUUUACAAACCAGAGAGAAAAAAGUACAUGAUUUGGAAAUACAAUUAACUGCCAUUGCGACAAGUGAACAGCAUUAUUCAAAACAGGUUAAAGAUAUGAAAACUGAGCUUGAAAAAGAGAAGCUUAGGAAUUCUGAAUUAACUGUAAGUUGCAACAAGCUGUCACUGGAGAACAAAGACCUGGUACAAGAAACAAGUAAUAUGGCCUUGGAACUCAAGAAACAGCAAGAGGAUAUUAAUGAUAGCAAAAAGCAAGAAGAAAGGAUGUUGAAACAAAUAGAAAGUCUGGAAGAAACAGAAAUAAAAUUAAAGAAUGAAUUGGAGUCUGUGAAAAAAGAACUGAAACAGAAGGGGGAUGAAGUAAAAUGUAAAUUGGACAAGAGUGAAGAAAAUGCUCGAAGUAUUGAAUGUGAAGUUUUAAAAAAAGAUAAGCAAAUGAAGAUACUAGAAAACAAGUGUAACAAUUUAAGGAAACAAAUUGAAAAUAAAAGCAAGUAUAUCGAAGAGCUUCAGCAGGAGAAUAAAGCCUUGAAAAAAAAGGGGACAGCAGAAAGCAAGCAGUUGAAUGUUUAUGAGAUAAAGGUCAGUAAAUUAGAAUUAGAACUAGAAAGUGCCAAACAAAAAUAUGAAGAAAUGACCCACAGCUAUCAAAAAGAGAUUGAGGACAAAAAGUUAUCAGAAGAAAAUCUUUUGGGACAGGUUGAGAAGGCAAAAUUAACAGCUGAUGAAGCAGUAAAAUUACAGAAAGAAAGUGAUACGCGAUGUCACCAUAAAAUAGCUGAAAUGGUAGCACUUAUGGAAAAGCAUAAGCUCCAAUAUGAUAAGAUUGUUGAAGAAAGAGACUCAGAAUUAGGACUUUAUAAGAGCAAAGAACAAGAACAGUCAUCUGCGAGAGCAUCUUUGGAGUUUGAACUAUCUGAUCUCAGAAUUGAACUUCUGUCUAUUAAGAAGCAACUUGAAAUAGAAAGAGAAGAAAAAGAAAAACUCAAAAGAGAGAUACAAGCAAACACAGUUACUCUGAAAGAAAAAAAAGACAAGAAAACGCAAACAUCUUCAUGGGAAACAUUUGAAACUAGCUACAGGAAAUUUGAUUCUAAAACAAGUCCUAUACAAAAUGUAUCUCAAAAUUUCUUAUCAAUUGAUUAUGGUAAAUCCAAAGAUAAAAGAGACUAUAUGUGGACAUCUACCGAAAGUGAUUUGUCUAUACCAGUACCAAAGUCAUAUACUGUGAAGACACCAGCUAAACUACAAAUACAGCAAAGAGAAGAAAAGAAACUCAUUGAAGAAAAUAAUAAAAAGAGAAAAGUCUUUGAAUUUGAUGUUAAUUCAGAUAGUUCAGAAGCUACGGAUCUUUGGAGCAUGGUUUCUGAGGAAGACACACUGAACAAACUGUAUGAAGAUAAUAGUGAUCCACCUGUUUCUCACCUUUGUGUCAAAACACCAAAAAAGACUCCUUCAUCUCUAACUCCUGGAUCUGUGCUCAAAUUUGGAUCUGUGAGAAAAAUGCAAGAUGACCGUUGGGCUAUAGUUGCUAAAAUGGACAGAAAAAAAAAACUAAAGGAAGCAGAAAAGUUAUUUGUUUAAGAAAAUCAGUGUGACAAUGAAACCUAAUAACAUCAAAUUAAUAGUUACUUUAUUUUUCAAAGAGUCAAACUUUACUUAGAAAUU